GGUCCGGUGGUGUUGGCUUUCCUGCUGCGUACACAGAGGUCAUCUCGGAAGAGCAGGGGCCCGGGUUUAUGGCAUUUCCUCCCCGUGGCCUGCCACAUAGCGCAGGAUGAGCGGAAAGCAGACGCGGCCACAGACGAGUUUUUGCCGGACCCAGACGCUUGCCUCCAGGCACCCAUGAGAAGCGGGGUGGACAGGAAGAAGCUGGAGCAGCUGUACGACAGGUACAAAGACCCACAAGAUGAAAAUAAAAUUGGAAUUGACGGGAUUCAGCAGUUUUGUGAUGACCUGAGCCUAGAUCCUGCCAGUGUCAGCGUUUUGGUCAUAGCCUGGAGGUUCGGGGCGGCGACGCAGUGCGAAUUUAGCAAAAAGGAGUUUAUGGCUGGUAUGACAGAGCUUGGGUGCGACAGCACGGAGAAGCUGCGGGCCCUUCUGCCAAGACUGGAGCAGGAGCUGAAGGACCCGGUCAAGUUUAAGGACUUUUAUCAGUUUACCUUUUCCUUCGCUAAAAACCCCGGGCAGAAGGGUUUAGAUUUAGAAAUGGCUGUUGCGUACUGGAAUUUAGUAUUACCUGGGAGGUUUAAAUUUUUAGAUCUCUGGAACUCCUUCUUAUUGGAGCAUCACAAACGAUCAAUCCCAAGGGACACUUGGAACCUUCUGCUGGACUUUGGAAACAUGAUUGCAGAUGACAUGUCUAACUAUGAUGAAGAAGGAGCAUGGCCUGUCCUCAUCGAUGAUUUCGUGGAGUACGCACGGCCGGUCAUCACGGGCGCCAAGCGCAGCCCUUUCUAGGCAGAAGAUUACGAUGCGUCGAGAUGCUGAGAGGAGGUGCUUCCCGUACGGGGACGCUUGGCCGGUCACUGUGCCCACACGCUGGUCCUGGCAGUCGCUCUCGCCAGCCAGGGCUCUGGAUUGACCUCCCCGGGCUGCCGAAAGGGCUGAGCCGGAUGCCGGAAGCGGCGCCUCAGAAGACGCUGCUUUGGGACGCCAGCCGUGGCGUCCAGCCCGCUUUAGGAGUCCAGUUAGUCAGUCCCCGUCCGUCCAUGAGGGACCGCUGCAUGGUCUGUAUGCUACUUGAGCAAAGGAACUGGAGCUGUUUGCAGAGCGGCCGGGCCUUCUGCCGCGUUCGUGAUGUACCGUGACCGCCAGCGGUGACCGCGGCUCCCGCCGGCUGCCCGUCACCCCCGUCACCCCCUGAAGACGUGCGACCGUGUCCUCGGCGGUGCCCGG